UCCGGGCCCUCCCGCCCGCGCUCCCCGAGGCCGCAACGCCGCGCUUUGCUCGCGGUGCCAGCUCCGCUCCUGCUUCCCACUCGCCCAGCCCGGGGUCCCUUCCUCUUCAGCCGCCACCGCGGGGACCCUGAGCCCGUCCGCGCCCACCAUGCGGGCUCAGCUCUGGCUGCUGCAGCUGCUGCUGCUCCGCGGGGUCGCGCGCGCUCUCAGUCCCGCAACACCCGCAGGCCAUGAAGAAGGCCAAGGCUCUGGCUGGACUGUCAAGAGGACCAGGCAAGGAUGGAGUCGGAGAGCCCGAGAGAGUCCUGCGCAGGUUUUGAAACCAGGCAGGACCCAGCUAAGCCAGGACCUGGGUGGGGCCUCCCUGGCCAUUGACACACUACCGGACAACAGGACAAGGGUGGUGGAAGACAACCACAACUACUAUGUGUCCCGUGUCUAUGGCCCCGGUGAGCGUCGCAGUCGAGAUCUGUGGGUGGACAUGGCCACGGCCAACCGGAGCCACGUGAGGGUCCACAGGAUCCUCUCAAGCUCACACCGACAGGCUUCGAGAGUGGUCUUGUCCUUUGAUUUCCCUUUCUACGGGCAUCCUCUGCGGCAGAUCACCAUAGCAACUGGAGGCUUCAUCUUCACGGGUGACGUGCUCCAUCGGAUGCUCACAGCCACUCAGUACGUGGCACCCCUGAUGGCCAACUUCAACCCUGGCUACUCUGACAACUCCACAGUCGCCUACUUUGACAAUGGGACGGUCUUUGUGGUUCAGUGGGACCAUGUUUACCUCCAGGGCCGGGAGGACAGGGGCAGCUUCACAUUCCAGGCAGCCCUUCACCAGGAUGGCCGCAUUGUCUUCGGCUACAAAGAGAUCCCUAUGGCUGUUCUGGAGAUCAGCUCUGCCCAGCACCCUGUAAAGGCAGGCCUGUCAGACGCCUUCAUGAUUCUCAAUUCAUCCCCGGAUGUACCAGAGUCUCGGAGACGGACCAUUUUCGAGUACCACCGCGUUGAACUGGACUCCAGCAGGAUAACCAACAUGUCGGCCGUGGAGUUCACCCCAUUGCCAACCUGCCUCCAACAUCGGAGCUGUGACACCUGCAUGUCCUCAAACCUGACCUUCAACUGCAGCUGGUGCCACGUCUUACAGAGAUGCUCCAGCGGCUUUGACCGCUACCGCCAGGAGUGGUUGGCCUACGGUUGUGCCCAGGAGGCAGAGGGCAGGACAUGCGAGGACUUUGAGGAUGAAGGCCACUACUCAGCCUCUCCCGACAGCUCCUUCGGCCCCUUCGAUGGUGACCGUACCACCUCUUCCUCCCUCUUCAUCGACAGCCUCACCACAGAAGAUGACACCAAGCUGAAUCCCUACGCAGGAGGAGACGGACUUCAAGACAACUUGUCCCCGAAGACCAAGGGCCCUCCUGUGCACCUGGGCACCAUUGUGGGCAUCGUGCUGGCUGUGCUCCUGGUAGCAGCCAUCAUCCUGGCUGGGAUUUACAUCAGCGGCCACCCUAACUCCAAUGCUGCACUCUUCUUCAUCGAGCGGAGACCUUACCACUGGCCAGCCAUGAAGUUCCGCAACCACCCCAGCCACUCCACCUACACAGAGGUGGAGCCCUCUGGCCACGAGAAGGAGGGCUUCAUGGAGGCCGAGCAGUGCUGAGCAUAUCAGGCCAGAGACCUGGGGAUGGCGUGAAAGCAAGUCACAGCUAAGAGAAGGGAUUUUUCCUGGCCUCCUCUGAGCUGGCCAUGGGCCAGGAAGACGAUGACUUAUGGUGCCCAAACUAUAGUUUGGUCCUCACACCCCAGAUAAAAGGGGUACAACAACGCAAAGGAACACUAACCUCAGAGUUCCCUGUUCCGGUGGGAGAAGCCUCCUUUUUGGGAUCUCUCGAUGAUCUGCACUGCAGCUUUUAGCAGAGCCCCUCCUCACUGGAGACAGCCUGACCACUGAAGCCCCUACUGGGGCUACUGUAUUCUAGGGUCAGUAGACUCAAGGGGUGGUCUUCCUAGCUAUGGAGUCAGUACCCUUGACUCCAAACCCUGUGGCUCUGGAAGCCUGAAGAAGGAGUGCCCUCCAUCUGAGAGCUCUUAUCUUAUCCCUUGAGACAAACCAAAUGAGAGGCGAGGAAAAAAAAAAAAAA